UGCCGGCGCCUUCUUGCUCAGGAAACUGCUGUGGACGUCCUCGGUCCGGCUCCUGCUGUGGACUUCCCCCCUGCACCCUCCCUCCUCCGUCUCGAACAAAUCCAGCGCAGGCUUGUUCUUUUUACCCGUUAAGGGCGAGGGAGAGGGUGGUGGUGGUGGAAGGCAGCCAUGUGCUACCGGGUUUCCUUCGGCGGCCGCUUCUCGCUGCGGCGUUGAGCCGAACGACCGCGUGGAACAAAAGCCUCCGCUCUCGUCUGAAUGAACAUACUGCGGGUCACUUGGCCGGAGGGAGAGAGAAGAAGAGGGCAAAGCUAAGGAGAAGGGAGAGACCGCGGGAUGGCAGCAGGAGAAGAAAGGGCGUGAGGACCUCCAGCCCCCUUCGCCCCUCCAGAAGCCAGAAUCGUCCUUUUGCCACCCAUGCUUGAAGCCGCCUUUCCCUUGACUCGACUCUUUUGGAGUUGGUGCAGCCAUGAGUAACUUCUUCACAGAGGGAGUACGAGUUUGGUUGCGAGAAAAUGGCCAACAUAAUCCAAGCACUGUACUUUCCUGUGCAGAAGGAGUUGUUGUAUUCAGGACUGAUUAUGGACAGGUAUAUACAUACAAACAGAGAUCACUUACACACCAAAAAGUUACACCUAUGCUGCCUACAAGCACAGAUGGUCUGGAAGAUAUGGCAGCGCUGAUAGAUCUCCAUGAGGGUGCAAUCAUGUAUAAUUUAUUCCAGCGAUAUCAACAAGACAAAAUCUAUACUUACAUUGGUUCCAUUGUUGCCUCAGUUAACCCCUAUAAGACUAUCGCAGGUCUUUAUGAUCAGAGCACAAUAGAACACUACAGCCGUCAUCACCUGGGAGAGAUUUCACCUCAUAUUUUUGCUAUUGCUAAUGAAUGCUAUCGCUGCCUAUGGAAACGUCAUGACAACCAGUGUGUUCUCAUCAGUGGUGAAAGUGGUGCCGGUAAAACAGAGAGCACUAAGUUGAUUCUCAAGUUUUUGUCUGCCGUAAGCCAACAUUCUCUGGAACUCUCUUGUAUGGAGAAAAUAGCUAGUGUUGAACAAGCAAUUUUGGAGAGCAGCCCAAUUAUGGAAGCAUUUGGCAAUGCAAAGACUGUUUACAACAACAACUCUAGUCGCUUUGGGAAAUUUGUUCAGCUGAACUUCUGUCAGGAAGGCAAUAUUCAGGGAGGAAAAAUUGUAGACUAUUUAUUAGAAAAGAAUCGAGUAGUAAGGCAAAAUCCAGGAGAGAGAAAUUAUCACAUAUUCUAUGCCCUGCUGGCAGGGAUUGAGGGAGAAAAGAAAGAUGCAUUUUACCUAUCUGCACCUGAGAACUAUCACUACCUGAACCAGUCUGGAUGUGUAGCAGACAAGACAAUCAAUGAUGCAGAAGCAUUCAAAGAAGUCAUUACGGCAAUGGAAGUGAUGCAGUUCACCACUGAGGAGGUACGAGAUGUUCUUAGGCUCCUUGCUGGCAUUUUGCAUCUUGGCAAUAUUGAAUUUAUUACAGCUGGUGGAGCACAGGUGUCCUUCAAAACAGCUCUGAAUAGAUCUGCAGAGUUACUUGGGCUGGACUCAACACAGUUAACUGAAGCAUUGACACAGAGAUCAAUGAUACUCAGGGGAGAAGAAAUUCUAACACCUCUUAAUAUACAGCAGGCUAUAGAUAGCCGAGAUUCAGCAGCUAUGGCACUUUACUCCCAGUGCUUUGCCUGGGUUAUUAAAAAAAUCAACAGCAGAAUCAAAGGCAAGGAUGACUUCAAGUCAAUUGGCAUUUUAGACAUUUUUGGAUUUGAAAAUUUUGAGGUUAAUCGUUUUGAACAAUUCAGUAUUAACUAUGCAAAUGAAAAACUUCAGGAAUAUUUCAACAAGCACAUUUUUUCAUUAGAGCAAUUAGAAUAUAGUAGAGAAGGCCUCCAGUGGGAAGACAUUGACUGGACAGAUAAUGGGGAAUGCUUGGAUCUUAUUGAAAAGAAACUUGGUUUGUUGGCUCUGAUCAAUGAGGAGAGCCACUUUCCUCAAGCUACUGAUAAAACCCUGUUGGCAAAGUUACACAUUCAGCAUGCAAACAAUCCUUUUUAUGUGAAACCAAGAGUUGCUGUCCACAACUUUGGAGUGAAACACUAUGCUGGGGAGGUUCAGUAUGAUGUAAGAGGAAUUUUGGAGAAAAACAGAGACACUUUUAGGGAUGAUCUUCUGAACUUAUUGCGAGAAAGCAGCCUCGAUUUCAUAUAUGACCUAUUUGAGCAUGUUUCAAGCCGCAGCGGUCAAGAUACUUUGAAGUGUGGGAGCAAGCAUCGGAAGCCCACAGUCAGCUUACAAUUUAAGGAUUCGCUGCAUUCCUUAAUGGCAACAUUAAGCACAUCUAACCCUUUCUUUGUUCGCUGUAUCAAGCCAAAUAUGCAAAAGAUGCCUGACCAGUUUGAUCAGAAUGUGGUUUUGAACCAGUUGUGCUACUCCGGUAUGCUCGAAACAGUACGGAUACGAAGAGCAGGUUUUCCUGUGCGGAGGCCAUUUCAGGAUUUUCACAAAAGAUAUGAAGUCCUGAUGAGGAAUUUGACUCUCCCUGAGGAUUUAAAAGGAAAGUGUGCUGCCCUCCUCUAUCUAUAUGAUAGCACAAAAACUGAAUGGCAACUUGGGAAAUCUAAGGUAUUUCUGCGUGAAACUUUGGAACACAUGUUAGAAAAACAGCGAGAAAUAGAGGUUGGCAAAGCAGCCAUGAUCAUCCGAGCACAUGUCUUAGGCUACAUGGCACGAAAACACUACAAAAAAGUCCUUUACUACAUAGUUAUCAUACAGAAAAAUUACAGAGCUUUUUACUUAAGGAGGAGAUACCUAUUGUUGAAGAAAGCUGCCAUCACCUUCCAGAAGCAGAUGCGAGGGCUGAUUGCUCGCCGAAUUUAUAGACAGCUGUUGGAGGAAAAGAAACAGCAAGAGGAGGAAAAAAGGCAAAGGGAAGAGGAGGAAAGAAAGCAACAAAAGAUGGAAGCAGAACGUCUUGCUCAGCAGGCUAAAGAAGCACUUGCAGCUAUUCCGAAACCCCCAAAAGAACUAAAGCAAGAGCUAGAGAAGCAAAAAGAAAACAAGCAGGUGGAGGAGAUCCUACGCCUGGAAAAAGAAAUUGAAGACCUGCAGCGUAUGAAGGAGCAGCAAGAACUGACAUUGACAGAAGCAUCACUGCAGAGGCUGCAGCAGCUCCGAGAUGAUGAGUUGAAACGCUUGGAAGAUGAAGCCUGUCGUGCCGCACAGGAGUUCCUGGAGUCUCUGAACUUCGAUGAGAUCGAUGAAUGUGUCCGAAACAUUGAAAGAACCCUCUCCGUAAGCAGCAGUUUCUGUGCAGAGCUUAGUGGCACCGCAGGCACUGAAAAACCCAAUUUUAAUUUCAGCCAGCCAUAUCCUGAGGAGGAAGUUGAUGAGGGCUUUGAAGCAGAUGAUGAUGCUUUCAAGGAUUCACCUAACCCAAGUGAGCAUGGCCACUCGGAUCAAAGGACCAGCGGCAUUCGGACAAGCGAUGACUCUUCAGAAGAGGAUCCAUAUAUGAAUGACACAGUCGUUCCAGCUAGUCCCGCUACGGGCAACAAUACCCUUAUCCCUUCUAUCCUUGACUCUCUUAGUCUCCACAACUCUUCAAGCGGGGAAUCCACAUACUGCAUGCCAGAAAAUGUUUCCCGCCAACCCCCUAAUGCUUCAGAGCUCAUCUCUCCUGAGGCAGACUAUGAUUAUGACCAGGAUGACUAUGAGGAUGGUGCUAUCACAUCUGGAAGCAGUGUGACCUUUUCUAAUUCUCACAGUAGCCAGUGGUCUCCUGACUAUCGCUGUUCCAUAGGGACAUACAACAGUUCUGGAGCAUACAGAUUUAGUUCUGAGGGAGCUCAGUCUUCUUUUGAAGACAGUGAAGAAGACUUUGACUCAAGAUUUGAUACAGAUGAUGAACUUUCAUAUCGGAGGGAUUCUGUCUAUAGCUGUGUCAGCCUACCCUAUUUCCAUAGCUUUUUGUAUAUGAAAGGUGGCUUAAUUAAUACUUGGAAGCGUCGUUGGUGUGUCUUGAAAGAUGAAACCUUCUUAUGGUUCCGCUCAAAACAGGAAGCUCUUAAACAAGGUUGGCUGCAUAAAAAAGGUGGGGGUUCGUCUACACUGUCGAGAAGAAACUGGAAGAAAAGGUGGUUUGUCCUUCGACAGUCCAGACUCAUGUACUUUGAAAAUGAUGGUGAAGAAAAACUCAAAGGAACACUUGAAAUACGAUCAGCCAAAGAUAUCAUUGAUAAUACAUGCAAAGAAAAUGGGAUUGAUAUUGUCAUGACAGAUAGGACGUAUCACUUGAUCGCUGAAUCACCAGAGGAUGCAAGUCAAUGGUUCAGUGUCCUGAGCCAAGUGCUCACUUCCACAGAACAGGAAAUCAGAGAAAUGCACGACGAGCAAGCCAAUCCACAGAAUGCCAUGGGCACACUAGAUGUAGGGCUGAUUGAUUCAGUCUGUGCAUCGGAUAGUCCAGAUCGACCCAAUUCAUUUGUGAUCAUCACUGCUAAUCGUGUUCUACACUGCAACGCCGAUACACCAGAGGAGAUGCAUCAUUGGAUCACUCUGCUACAGCGAUCCAAAGGGGACACUCGAGUAGAAGGUCAAGAAUUCAUAGUGAGAGGAUGGUUACAUAAAGAAGUAAAGAACAGUCCAAAAAUGUCAUCACUGAAACUGAAGAAACGUUGGUUUGUUCUGACACACAAUUCCUUGGAUUAUUAUAAGAGCUCAGAGAAGAACGCCCUCAAGUUGGGCACCCUGGUGCUGAACAGCCUGUGCUCUGCUGUGCCCCCUGAUGAGAAAAUCUUUAAAGAAACAGGGUAUUGGAAUGUAACUGUGUAUGGACGCAAGCACUGUUACCGCCUUUACACCAAAUUACUGAAUGAAGCCACUCGCUGGUCAAGUGCAAUCCAAAAUGUGAUCGACACAAAAGCAGCAAUCGAUACUCCCACACAGCAGCUUAUUCAAGACAUUAAGGAGAAUUGCCUGAACCCUGAAGUUGUUGAACAGAUCUAUAAGAGGAACCCAAUUCUUCGUUACACGCAGCAUCCGUUGCAUUCCCCCCUAUUACCCCUUCCUUAUGGAGACAUCAAUCUGAACAUACUAAGAGACAAAGGCUACACAACUCUGCAGGACGAAGCUAUCAAAAUAUUUAAUUCUCUGCAGCAACUGGAGUCUGUACCAGAUCCUAUUCCCAUUAUUCAGGGUAUUCUCCAGACAGGACAUGAUUUACGGCCCCUGCGUGAUGAAUUAUACUGUCAGCUCAUCAAGCAGACCUGCAAAGUGCCUAACACAGGGAGCCUUGGCAAUCUAUAUAGUUGGCAGAUCCUCACUUGCAUGAGCUGCAUGUUUUUGCCAAGUCGUAGUAUUCUCAAAUACUUGAAAUUCCAUCUUAAAAGAAUCCACGAUCAAUUCCCAGGCACAGAAAUGGCAAAAUAUGCCUUGUUUAUUUAUGAAUCCCUUAAAAAAACCAAAGGCAGAGAAUUUGUGCCAUCCAGGGAUGAAAUUGAAACUUUGAUCAACAGACAGGAAAUGACAUCUACCGUCUACUGUCAUGGAGGAGGUUCCUGUAAAAUCACAAUUAACUCUCACACCACUGCUGGUGAGGUGAGUAGUUUUGCACACACACAAAAAGAGUUGAUAAAGAUUAAUUUUGAGAUCCACGUCGUAUAA